AUGCCCGAUAACUAUGAAACUAAAGGCUCCGGUACCAACAGCCAGGGAAACCACUACUGCGCCCGUGACUACGGUUCAAGCGCCUCCAACUCAAACUCAUACCACUACUCCAACACGGACGGCUCUUACUACUACUCUAACCCCAAUGGAAGCACCUACCACAAUGAUGGGCAGGGUAGCUCAACCUACACAGCACCCAGCGGUGACUCUUACUCAUCCAGCUCUGGAAAGAAGUAA